CGUAUGCCUACCUGUGCAGUUAAGGACAGGCACAUCCACCGAUACAUGCACUCCUCAGAGGUCAGGACACGUGCACAGUAUGGCCUUCGUAGCAAAGACCUUCUACGAUCUCCGUGCGACGACGCUGGAGGGAGAGUCCGUGGAUUUUAAUAUAUACAGAGGGCGGGUGGUAUUGAUAGAGAAUGUGGCCUCACUUUGAGGGACAACCACGAGGGACUACAGUCAGCUCAACCAGCUACAGGAAAAAUAUCCCCAUCGAUUGGUUGUCCUCGGUUUCCCCUGCAAUCAGUUCGGCUACCAGGAAAAUUGUUCCAAUGGAGAAAUCCUGAAAUCUCUGAAAUACGUGCGCCCAGGAGAAGGGUUCCAGCCUAUCUUCACCAUGUUCGAAAAAUGCGAUGUUAACGGAGAGAACACACACCCAGUUUUCGCCUACUUGAAAGAUAAACUACCAUAUCCCUACGACGACCCGACCACUCUCAUUCAAGAUCCUAAAUUCCUUGUCUGGAGCCCUAUCAACCGGAACGACAUCUCCUGGAAUUUUGAAAAGUUUCUCAUUGCGCCAGAGGGGGAACCUUUCAAACGGUACAGCAAAAAAUUUAUAACUAUUGACAUUGAGCCCGAUAUCCAACGACUGCUGAAGCUAACUAAAACCUAAAUUUGCUGAUAGAAGAAAUGUAUUACUUUUUUCGUCAGUCACACAGAAGACAGGUGAUUUGAUGUUCCGAGGUUGAAUUGUGGCAUUUUCCAUAUACAUUUGAGUUUUACUAAAUGAAGGUAAUAUUCUAAAACAGUAAGUGGAAUAAUACCCGAGGUCUUGUAAAUAUUCAAUAGGUGUGGAUCAUGCUAUUUAUGUAUCAUGUGUAUUAUCCCUUUAAUUAAAAAUUAAUAAACCAAAUACUGCUUUUUGAUGCUGGAAGGACAAACCCUUAGACAAAUAUUAGUUCUGGCCUGUUUCUCCUUCUGCAGAAUUACACUUGCUAAAUGAUGCAGACUUGAUAACCGCUAUUGUAACAAAGUUAUCCUUUGCUGCCAUUUAUCACUAAAUUAAAAAAAAUGUUUUCAGCCGUAUGGUCAGCAUACAAAAUAUAGUCUCUUGGUAUCUGUA